CCAAGAACAACAGCUUCCAGGAUUCAGGAUGAUGGCAUUAAAAUCAGCAGCAGUGUUAGCUUUCUCUUGCUUAAUUGUUCCUUUUUUCUUUUCUGGAGCUGAUGCCGGAGGGAUAGCUAUCUACUGGGGACAGAACGGGAACGAAGGUACCUUAGCAGACACUUGUGCCACUGGCAACUAUAAUUUCGUCAACAUAGCUUUUCUUUCAACAUUUGGCGAUGGGCAGACACCCAUGAUUAACCUCGCUGGCCACUGCGACCCCUCCGGCAACGGUUGCUCCGGAUUGAGCUCCGAUAUCCAAUCGUGUCAAGCAAACGGAAUCAAAGUCAUUCUUUCCAUUGGUGGCGGCGACGGAAGCUACUGCCUCUCUUCAGCAGACGACGCCAAGCAGGUUGCUGAUUAUCUCUGGAAUAACUUCCUCGGAGGACAAUCAACUAACCGCCCGCUCGGAGAUGCUGUUCUCGAUGGCAUUGAUUUCGACAUCGAGGGAGGGACGACCCUGCACUGGGAUGAUCUCGCAAAGUACCUUUCCGAAUACAGUAACCAGGGGCAGAAAGUUUACUUGACGGCGGCUCCUCAGUGCCCUUUCCCUGACGCCUGGCUAGGGGAUGCCCUGAAAACCGGUCUUUUUGACUACGUCUGGGUCCAAUUCUACAACAAUCCUCCCUGCCAAUACACAUCCGGAAACACUGCAAAUUUAGUGGAUGCCUGGAAUCAAUGGACUCAAGAUAUUCCGGCAACUCAAAUUUUCUUGGGACUUCCGGCAGCCCCUGAGGCUGCCGGAAGUGGGUUCAUUCCGGUAGACGAUCUCACGUCUCAAGUGUUUCCCGCCAUCAAAGGAGAUUCGAAGUACGGAGGUGUGAUGCUGUGGUCAAAAUACUAUGAUGACCAAACUGGGUACAGUUCCUCCAUUAAAAACGAUGUCUAAUACCGUAAUUUCAAUUUGAAUUUCCAUUGGUAUAUCGUAAAAAUACCACUACUUAAAUGCAAUAAAAAAAUAUUUACUUUUUUUCUUGUACUAUUGUGAUCCCCCUGGGCAUUAAUGGAAUUUUACU